AGUCUUUACAGUGCAAUGUAAAAGCUGCAAUUUUAGUAGAGAAGUAUUAUAUAGAUUUGUUUAGGUGGAUAUUUUGAUUUAGUAAAUGGAGUAAAUGUUUUUUUUAAUUGACUUUAUACAUUGAAAUGAAGAUGUACGUGCUGCUGUGUUGAGAGGCUUAUUCUGUCAGGAUAGUUUACGUAUUUCGUUUUCCCACCAGGUCUUUCAAUUGAGACCCACUAACUAACCGAGUGAGCCUCGGAGUGCAUAGACGAUCUUUGCAGGCCUCCUGAUAGACGUUGGAUGUUGACCGGUGGAGGACCUAGACUGCCGCAUCGCUUGCAGCUCCGCUCCAUUCCCUGGGCACCGUGGGUGUUUGAAAUGGUUUUAAUACGGAUGAAACAGUGACCGGUUAACGGGAGGCUCCAAAUCGCAAACAGAAAGGUUCGUGCGGGGAUCUGCGGCAGCGUCAGGGCCGCGGCGCGGAGCGACAGGUAUGUCUUCCUCCGCCGAGCGAGAUAGCGUCGUCAAAAAGAAGCAGGUCCGAUUCGCCAGCAUGGGGGACGAUGACAACGACGAGCAGGACGAAGACACCCUGUUCGAUAAGAGGAACGACGCGGGGAGAAAGCUCCGGAGCGCCAUGAAAGGGGUCAGGAGGACGGCGAGACCGGGAUGCGAGGACCGAGUGAAGGUGGUCGGUGGGGGAAACGGUGGACGGGGAACCUGCGCGCGCUGGGCAGUCACGCUCGUGCUCUGUGGAUCCUUCCUGGGCUUGGGCAUGAGCAUCUCUGUUCUGGGGCCCACCUUCGAGGAUCUGGCUUUGAACGUGAAGAAGAACAUCAGCAACAUCUCUUACAUCUUUAUAGGCCGCUCUGCUGGUUACAUUGGUGGAUCUCUCAUUGGGGGGGUUCUUUUUGACUGCAUGAGCCCCCAUCUGCUGCUGGGAUUUUCCAUGCUCCUCACUGCGUUCGGAAUGUAUGCGAUCCCGUUCUGUAAGCAGGCUGCGCUCCUCACCACCUUCAUGUUGAGCAUUGGAGUAUCCAUGGGCGUUCUGGACACAGGUGGUAACGUGCUCAUCCUGAACACCUGGGGGGACCAGGCCGGCCCCCACAUGCAGGCUCUUCACUUCAGCUUCGCCGCCGGAGCCUUCGUGUCACCCAUCAUCUCAAAGCUGGUGUUUGGUUCCGGCGAGAAGGGAAGUGUAGCGGCUCCUCUUCUCAACGCAACACUUCCCAUCACCAAAGCCCCCGCCCCAGAAUCUGCCUUCAACCUGAAGUCCCUGAAAUCCUUGUGGGCCUACGUUGUGAUCGGCUCCUUCCUCUUGCUGGUCUCCUUCAUCUUCUUCAUCCUCUACAGUCGCUGUAGCACUGCCAAGGAUCCGUCCAAGGCGGCGUCAGGAAAGCAGCUGGUGGCCAAACACCACCUGGCUCUGGUGUUCCUGCUCUUCCUCUUCUUCUUCGCCUAUGUGGGUGCUGAGGUGGCCUACGGCUCCUUCAUCUUUACCUACGCCAAGGACUUUGCUCACAUGCCUGAAGCCCAGGCUGCUGGGCUCAACUCGCUCUUUUGGGGUACGUUUGCGGCCACCCGAGGCUUCGCCAUCUUCUUUGCCACCUGCAUGUACCCCGGCACCAUGAUCCUGCUCUGCCUGCUGGGCUCCACGUUCUCCUCCCUCCUGCUCUGCCUCUUCAGCAACCACAAGGUGGCGCUGUGGGUUGGCACUGGCGUGUACGGGGCCUCCAUGGCCACCACCUUCCCUAGCGGCAUUUCGUGGUUGGAGCAGUACACCACCAUCACGGCCCACACGGCGGCGGCGUUCGUGGUGGGGGCGGCGCUGGGAGAGAUGGUUCUGCCGGCGCUGGUGGGCUUCCUGCUGGGCCGGUUCCAGAACCAGCCCCUGCUCAUGUACCUGUCCCUGCUCACCUCCACCUUCACCUCCAUCAUCUUCCCCGUCAUGUAUAAGCUGGCCUCAGCCCCCAGCAGCCCCAGGAGGAAACCCCACGUGGAACGCCAAGCAGAUGCUGACGAGAGCGAGUACAGACGGGCGCUGUUAGACUCGGGGGGCAACGAGGAGGAAGAGGAGGAACAGGACGAUGAAGCUGACCAAUGGAAUGACGCUGACUUUGAGGUCAUCGAGAUGGAUGAUGCAUCACCUCCUGCUGAUACGGGUGGCGGCGGCGCCGAGGCAUUGUCCUCAGAGGGAUGUUCUGUAGGUGGAGACUCUCCGAGACACAAACUGCUGCUGUCUUUGGACAGAGAGGAGUGACUGGAUCGACUGGAACACAGGAUGUAUAAAGGCUCGGUCCCUAAAGGAUUCUAGUUUUUGAAGGAUGGGCAGACUGUUGUGUGACGUCCUAAUGGUUGAUUGUCAGAUGUUUAAUGUGUUGUGUGUUCAAAUUAUGGCAAGCCAGAGGGUCCAUAAAUGCCUUUAUUUUAUUUUAAAAAGGUUUUCUUUAAGAAAGAAGAAAACAGAUCUGUUUAAAAAAAUAUGUAUAUUUUGAGAUUAUAAAAAUAACAAAAUAUUAUUUCAAAUUGUAAUAGUUAAAGCCUGGUG